GAUAAUAAAUAACGGCGCCAUAAUAUUUGAAUCACGAAUAUACCAAAUAAUAAUACAUUGUUUUUGUACGGCACACAUUCCGGUGUCUUGUAAACAAACAUACACAAGAAGAGACAAACAAACCAAAUAUAUGCUCUCUGUUUUUAUUCGUCUGGUGUGUUUUGUUGUAUGUGUAAAAAUGCCUUGAAUUUCGGUUUUUUUUCACCAUUCUUGUUCUUUCAUAUUUUCUCAAGGUCGUCAUUAUCAUCACAUAACCAACCGGAAUAAGCAUAAGAAGGAUAAUCCAAUAGCAUUAAAAAUUGAAAAAAAAGCUUAUAAGCAUUCUAUAUAUUCGAGUGUGUGCUGUUUUUUUUUUUUUUUUGGAGAAAUUAAUCAACCAAAACUGACUUCACCUGGUAAUUAUUUGAAUGUAGGAAUAAGACCACCGAAAUCCGCAAGAAUGGAAGUAGAAGAUGUGUUACCACCACUUCGGUCGCCCAGUAUGCAAGCACCACAAUUACAACAUCUUUAUCGUCUACGUACAAUGUCGACGAUUGAUGAACGAGAUUUUCCCAUAUCAACUGAAGGAAAUAUUCCAGAAUCGGUUCAAAAAGGAAAAAUUAUUGGUGUAUUCACUAGUGGUGGUGAUUCACAAGGCAUGAAUGCUGCUGUUCGUGCUGUUGUUCGUAUGGGUCUUUAUCUUGGUUGCCGUGUCUAUUUUAUCAAAGAAGGCUAUCAAGGAAUGGUCGAUGGUGGUGAUCAUAUUAUUGAAGCUUCAUGGGUAUCCGUAUCUGGUAUUAUUCAUAAAGGUGGUACGGUUAUUGGUAGUGCACGAUGUGCAGAAUUUCGUGAACGUCAAGGCCGUCUUAAAGCAGCAUAUAAUUUAAUUCAAUAUGAAAUAACUAAUCUAGUCGUCAUUGGUGGUGAUGGUAGUCUAACUGGUGCCAAUCUAUUUCGUCAAGAAUGGCAAUCUUUAGUAGAGGAAUUAGUCAAUACAGGUAAAAUUACACCUCAAAAGGCUUCAACAGUCGAACAUUUGCACAUUGUCGGAAUGGUCGGAUCUAUUGAUAAUGAUUUUUGUGGGACUGAUAUGACCAUUGGCACUGAUUCAGCAUUACAUCGUAUCAUCGAAUCAAUCGAUGCUAUAGUAACAACUGCUUCUUCUCAUCAGCGUACUUUUAUACUCGAAGUCAUGGGCCGUCAUUGUGGUUAUCUAGCCCUAGUCGCUGCUUUAGCAAGUGAAGCCGAUUUUGUAUUCAUACCAGAAUGGCCACCUGAAGCUGAUUGGAGUCAACGAUUAUGUCGAAAAAUUGAACAAGAACGACGACUUGGAAAACGAUUAAGCAUUGUAAUCGUUGCUGAAGGUGCCAUAGAUAUGAAUGGUAAUCCAAUUCAAGCUGAAACAGUCAAAGAUGUGAUCGUUAAGAAUACUGGUCAAGAUACUCGUAUCACUGUACUUGGUCAUGUACAGCGUGGUGGUAGUCCUAGUGCAUUUGAUCGUGUUCUCGGUUCACGAAUGGGUGCCGAAGCUGUUUUAGCAUUACUAGAAGCGACUCCUGAAUCACAAGCUUGUGUCGUUUCAUUGGACGGAAAUCAAGCUGUUCGCGUACCCUUAAUGCAAUGUGUUGAACGGACUAAAUCUGUUGCCACAGCCAUGAAGAAUAAACAAUGGGAAGAGGCUGUUAAAUUACGUGGCAUUAGUUUUAAACGAAAUUUAGAAACUUAUCGAAUGUUAACCAAACAUGAUCCACCCAAAACCAUUGAUCAUAAAGGCUUUCGAUUAGCCGUAAUGAAUUGUGGUGCACCAUGUUGUGGAAUGAAUUCAGCUGUUCGAUCAUUUGUUCGUAAUGUAAUUUUCCGUGGUGAUACCGUUCUAUCCAUUCAUGAUGGUUUCGAUGGUCUAAUCGAUGGCGAUAUCCGACCGAUCACAUGGUCAGAGGUUCGUGGCUGGGUCGGACAAGGUGGGGCUAAUCUUGGAACUCGGAGAACAUUGCCAGAUGAUCAAAAUAUUGAAAAAAUAAUUGCCAAUUUACGUCUCUAUCGUGUACAAGCAUUACUAGUCAUUGGUGGUUUUGAAGCUUUUCAAUCAGUCUUAUAUCUUGCCGAACGACGACAUCAAUAUGUCGAACUUCGCAUGCCAAUGUGUUGUGUCCCUGCCACUAUUAGCAAUAACGUUCCUGGUACUGAUUUUUCAUUGGGAGCUGAUACUGCCCUUAAUGAAAUAACGGAAAUUUGUGACCGAAUACGACAAUCAGCUCAAGGUACUAAACGUCGUGUUUUCAUUAUCGAAACAAUGGGCGGCUUUUGUGGAUAUUUGGCUACGUUGGCCGGUCUUGCAGGAGGAGCCGAUGCAGCCUAUAUAUUUGAAGAACCAUUCAGCAUCAAUGAUCUGAUUGGUGAUAUUCGAUUGAUGCAUGUCAAAAUGGAAGAAGGUGUUACCCGUGGUUUGGUUCUUAGAAAUGAAAAGGCCAAUUCAAAUUACACAACAGAUUUCAUGUUCAAGCUUUAUAGUGAAGAAGGAAAAGAUAAUUUUUCCACACGAAUGAAUAUUCUUGGCCAUAUGCAACAAGGAGCUUCACCAUCUCCGUUUGAUAGAAAUUUUGGUACAAAAUUGGCAGCUAAAGCAGCCGAAUGGCUUACAAGACAAUUAGAACAUCAUUCAAGGCCACUAACAGAAGAUUAUAAUGAAUUGGUAUAUAAUUCAACCUCACCGGAUACAGCAGUUUUGUUGGGACUUAUUGGUCGACAAUAUCGCUUUACUCCGGUACAAACAUUGAAAACACAGACUGAUUUCAAACAUCGUAUACCAUAUUCACAUUGGUAUAAAAAAUUACGUCCAUUAUUACGUAUAUUGGCACAUCAUGAAGAUAUUUAUCAACCAGAAGUUAUACAGGUACAAGAAAUGGAUGAUAUAUUCAAUGAUGAUGUUUUCGAUGCAUAAAUAUUGGCAAACAACGAUGUUCAUUCAACAUGGCUGAAUAAUGACGAAAUGAAAUGCUGAUUCCCUUUUUUUUGUGUUGAACAUACACUACCCAUCCUUUUGUUCCUUUUGCAUAAUCGACAAAUUUUUUUUUUCAAAAAUAAAAAUAAAUCUUGAAUUUCAGAAUUU